AUGGACGUGAGCGCCGCCGGCGACGGCGCGACGGCGCUGCGCAUGCUCGCACGGACCGCGACGAAGGAUGUGGUGGUGCCGCCGCUCAAUUUCGAUAUGGUCGCCCCCGGCGUGUACCGCAGCGGGCACCCGAACGAGCGCAACUUUGCGUUCCUGCAGCGCCUCAACCUCCGGAGCAUCAUGUACAUUGCCAACGAAGACUAUCGCGCGAACAUGACCGAGUGGGCCCGUCGGCAGGGCAUACAGGUCUUCCACCACCGCGUCGACGUGAACAAGGAGCCGUUCGCCGAGAUGGACGAGGCGGAGGUCGCUCUGGCCCUGUCGCACAUGCUCGACGAGCGCAACCUGCCGAUGCUCGUGCACUGCAACAAAGGCAAAUACCGCGUCGGCUGCAUUAUGGGCUGUGGGUGGAGCCACAUUAGCAUCCUCGAGGAAUACGCCCGCUUCGCCGGCGACAAGAUCGCCGACGAGGAAUUCAUCGAAAUGUUCGACCUCGCACGCGUGCACUUGGAUCCCGAACACCGUCCUACCUGGCUAUAG